AGCAAGUCGAUGAACCGAUUCCGUGUUCGUUCGCCGUCUCUUCUCACAAAAUCGGGGUCGAAUUCGGGCGGCAAUGAUAAAAAUAUGGAGUUUCUAGGGAAUGGAAUGGAGAGUUUUGGAAGUGAGAAUGGGAAUAAGGUUAUGGUUGUGGUGGACUCGAGCCUUGAAGCUAAAGGAGCACUUGAAUGGGCCAUGUCUCAUACUGUUCAGACCCAAGAUUCACUUGUUCUGCUUUAUGUUAACAAGCCAUCCAAAAAAGGAAAUGAGAGCAAUUUGAAGGUUAAUUUAAGGGCUUAUGAGCUUCUUCACUCCAUGAAAAAUGUUUGUGAAAAGAAAAAGCCUGGGGUGCAAGUAGAAGUAGCCAUGCGCGAAGGGAAAGAAAAGGGUGCAGUAAUAGUGGAAGAAGCAAAGAAACAAAAGGUGUCACUGCUAGUGUUAGGCCAUAGAAAAAGGUCGAUCAUGUGGCGCCUAAUGAAGCGGUGGACGGGGCGGAGGAACGGCGGCGGAUCAGCCGUGGAUUAUUGCAUCCAAUAUUCUCCUUGCAUGACUAUUGCUGUGAGAAGGAAAGGCAAAAAACUUGGAGGCUAUUUGAUCACUACCAAACGACAUAAGAAGUUUUGGCUUUUGGCUUAACAUAUAUAUUAAUUUUCUUUAUAUAUUUCUAAUGGAAACCUGAAAAAUGUAUGCAAAUGUGUGUUCUAUUUUUUU